GUUUGAAGUUCACAGCAAAGCAAUAAUGGGACGUGGUCGUGUUCUUUCCGCUUCAACUUCACAUUUCUCCUUUUAGCAAAAAGCGUUGAGUCCGUCACAAUGUUUCGAGAUCAUGUCUUCAUUCCCAACUGGGCGUUCAGUGUGUGACUUUGUUUACAGCUUGGUAUCCCAGCUACCGAGCUAGAUUAGCUCACAUGACAUCAAUGUCUCGACAGUUUAUUUACCUACGUCACAAGCUAAAUAAAUUGCCAAAUCCUACAGGCCGAGCAAUGUUAAUGUAUCAUUUCGUAGACAAUAUCAAAAUGUCCGGGUAGCUGAGUAAUGCGGUUAACUAUUUCCGGCAGGGGUUUAGGUCACAUAAGCUUUUCUGUACAUUUGCUGGAAUCUAAGCAACAGAUCGUCGUAAAGUUUCAUUAAUGACAGACUUUGAACCGUCAGUAAAGAGAGCCCGAAUUGAUACCCCGUCUCCAUCAUCAAAAUCAUCUCUCCAAGGUUCAACAUUAUGCAUUCAGAACAACAAUAAUGGGACAUUAGAUCGAGAAGAGGACAGCAAUAAGAUGAAUUCAAGGACAAAGGCUGACAUGGAUGGUUUGCGAGGCGUCAAAACUAAAAGUUCCCAUCGCAGGAUCGGCUCCAGGCAGCAACGGUCCAGAAGCACUCUGGAAAGAUGGUUACUGAAGCCCACCCCAAAUCAAAACGCUUCUGAAAUGAUGGAUGAGGAUGGCCCUCGAAGCCCCCCAGGUCACUCUCAUGGUGGUCACAAUGCUGUCUCGGACUCUGAUGAAGACACGCAACCUCUAUCACCGCAAGACCUGGACUGCGACGGCCUUGUCUGUGCCCCGUUAAUGGAUUCAGAAAGUCAACGCAUUCUUCAAGAUGGCGGUUCAGAGAAACGGGAAGUGGCGUCAGGCUCCACAAGCUCGGGGUGCUUUGCCAAAGCCAAAAUAACAGACUUCUUUUCAGGCCCUUCGUCCGCAUGCUUGAGACGAGGCAAGCCUGAUAAGUGCUGUGAAAAAAGGGAUACGGAUGAGGAAAAUGAACCCAACCCCACCUGGCUCGGGACGCCGGUUGGCGAGUUGAGAAGGAUGCCCCGAUGUGGCGGACCACUUCCUCCGCUCAAGGAUGUUCCUGGCGUGCACACUGUGAUGAUAAGGACAGAUGUUGUUGGUCAUGCAAGUGUUCCGUAUCCUGCCACAUUUGACGAUACCUGGGAUGAUGCCCAUGUCAAAAUGCCCUGUUCCAGCAGGAAUCUAUUUCCUGUGCAAGAUGAGGAAACACGAGAACUUCAGAACAAGAGUCGGUGGGAGCUGAUAGAGCAGACUUUGACGAGAAGAAUUACAAGCACUCCUGAGUUGAAGAAUGCGAUACUGAAAUACUGUGCUUCUACUGCCAAGAAGUGGGACUUCACUGCAUUACAUUUGUACUGCACUAAGGUCCUGGAGCCUGCCGCCGCGGAACAUCUGUUUGGCUCCCUGCUGCCAAAGCUUGUGCAAUUAGCACUGAGGGUGUCAGAGCUGUGCACCAAGCCCAUACCGCUCCUCAAGAGGGGCACCAACCACUCCAUCAGCAUGUCGCAGGAGCAGGUGGCCUGCUUGCUCGCCAACGCCUUCUUUUGCACCUUCCCGCGGCGCAACUCUCGCCGCAGCGAGUACAGCAACUACCCGGACAUCAACUUCUUCAGACUGUUUGAGGGGUCUUCGUCCAGAAAGGUUGAGAAGUUAAAAACUCUGAUGUGCUACUUCAAAAGCGUCACUGAGCAAAAGCCUAAUGGUCUGGUGACAUUCACACGAAAAAGCUUGGAUAAUCUUCCAGACUGGGAAAGCUCAGAGAGACUGCUAAUAAAGCUGUACAUUGCAUCCGAAGGGACCAUUGAAGAUGAUGGUUAUGGAAUGCUUCAGGUGGAUUUUGCCAAUCAAUUUGUUGGAGGAGGUGUCACCAGUUCGGGUCUCGUUCAAGAGGAGAUCCGCUUUCUCAUCAACCCUGAGCUCAUUGUGUCUCGCCUCUUUACUGAAGCUCUGGAUCAUGAUGAGUGUCUGAUCAUCACAGGUACCCAGCAGUACAGUAAAUACACAGGCUACGCGCAGACGUACAAAUUUGGCGGUAGCCAUCAGGACACGACUCCCAGAGAUGACUGGAAAAGAAGAUGCACAGAGAUUGUGGCGAUCGACGCGCUGCCAUUCAGGAAUUACCUGGAACAGUUUCAUCCAGAGAGAAUAGACCGGGAGCUCAAUAAGCGGUCUUCCCAGGUUGAGACAUCUAUUUGUAACGGGAAAUGAAGACGUUGGUCUGCCGUCAGACGGCCCGGGGAGGUGUUUGACAGCUCUGACAAGGUUGUGAGGAAUGCACCAACAUGAGGAUCAAUCCCUUUUGGAAUACUCUACUGUCCGGAUAAAUGCCACAUCCGCCGGAUUUAUGACCGGGCAAGUGGGCGGGGGCGGUCCGUGUAUUGUAUUUGCUUAAAAGUCCAGUGUGAGAAUAAAUAUGCUGAGGUCAGCCUGUGAUUAGCAACGAGCCAUGCGACCCACUCAUGGCGUUGCCAUCCGUGGCUCUGGAAGUGUAAUGAGAUACGGCUGAUAUAUGAUAUCAUUGUGACGCCAGGCUGACCAACCUUUAUUGUGCUCAUGCAUUGAAUGGCUUGUCAAGCGCAGCCCUGCAGGCAAAUAGAAUUACUUUGGAGAAUUGCUGCGUUUCAAUACUCCAUUUACAUUGGUUUGUGUGGAAGUGUUAAUGUUCUCAUUAUGCCUCCCAAUGACCUGUGACUUUAAGGUGACCCCGAAAAGGACCUGACUGACCUUGGUUUAGUACAGUAUCUAAAUCAAGUAUUACUGUUUCGUACAUAUGAGCCUGAUUCCUCAAGAAUUUGGAAGGAUUUCAUCCAAAACGAAAUGUGAAAAGAAAACCAGAAAUCUGUUACAUACCUGCUUUAAAAUGUUUUCAUAAUGUUACAUUACACACAAGUGCAGCAUGUAUGCAAUUGCUUUGAAAUGUCACUUUGUUUUUAAAAAACUAACUUUUUGGACGUUUUCUUACUAAAUUCUCAUGAGAAUGUGUUGAAUGUGACAGCUCGAGAAAGAGUACUGUUGUCACUCUUCUUACAAUAAUUUAGUCCAUCUGACCGCUCAAGACAGAUACAAGUUUUCUCCAAAGAAUGUAGUAGGAUUGAAUACAUUCGUCACACUUACAUUCAUAAUUUAUCCCCCAAAAAAUAUUUAUCUCUGUGAGCUUACCUACUAAAUUUUCAUGUGUUAAAAAUGGCAGCUCACGACAGAUCUUUAAAUCAUUGUGUUCAUGACAAAAUGUACGUUUUUUUUUUACUUAAC